AUGCCAUUGAAUUUGCUAAAACACAAAAGCUGGAAUGAGCGCGUCCGACGUGACGAAGAACUGGCUCGAAUCUCUGGGGAACAACAUGCUAAAAGGGAAUCAGAGAACAAACUUCGGAGACUGAGAGGCUUGACGGAAUUGCCGGAUUCCGAGCCGCAGCCAAAGGGCAAGUUUGCAAACUUCUGGGAGCAAGAAGAGAAACGGGAACAUGAUCGUCAGGAACUUUACAAAAAGCACGGGCACGAGCUGGAAAUUAUGAAAGAAAAGCAUGGACUAGGACCUCUUCCUUGGUAUAUGAAACAAAAUUUAGAGACAAGGGAAAAUCAGACUUCACCCAUAAAGAGAUCAGCCCGUGAUGAUCCUAUGUCGCUUGUGGAGUCACUUCUUUCGGGGAAAAGUGAUUUAGAGGGAAAACGAGAAAAAAGAAGGUCAGGAAAGAAAAAGGAAAGGCGUGAAGCAAAACAGGUUUCUCCAAAAGAAAGGGGAUCUUUUUCUCACAAGCAUGGAAUUUCAAAAAAACGACGUCAACGAGAGCAUACUUCAUAG